AUGGAUUCUCCAGAGGAAACCCAACAAGUCGAUUCCACGACAGAUAAUCCCCUACCAGCACCGCUCACAGUUUCCGGCACCGAUACGAUUGGGAUUCCACAGCCGGUGGAUCCGACGUCAACGACGACCGAUGAUGUUCCGUCGACGGGUACCACUACCACUACCAUCACCAUAACGGAUACCGAUACCCAAGAGCCCACCGCGACAGGGACGUUAGAAGACCCCUCGACGACGGACGUCGAGCCCACUGCAACGGGAACAACCACGACAGACACUAACACGGACACAAGUUCCACCUCCACCUCUACCUCCACUUCUGGUUCCAACAACAACCCCAGAACCACCGAAAUCCCCAUGAUCGCCGCCAUGUUCCCCAACCAAGCCGUGCUCAGCGACCUCGGCGGGAGCGUAUCGGCCGUCUCAGCCGGCGAGACAAUCAUCGUCCUCGACUGUCUACCAGGCGUAACAUCGCCGUGCGGCGGCCUCGCCGAGCCCAUAACAAUCACAACGGGGACGUCAACAUUCGACUACACGGCCGUCUACGCGACGGCGUCGGACGGCGCGGAGAUCGUCGGCUGCGACAUCACACCACUAGUCCAGAUCGAUUGCACGACGAGUUACACGGGGCAUCUCUCUGAGGACGCUGCCGCGACGGCGAUAACCGCGACGAGCGAGAUUAGCCAGGGGGGAAUCUCGUAUGAGACGAUAACAAUCACGGCUGGGAUCGAUCUCCUCCCGACGGAGACGUACGUUACGACCGACUAUGGGUGGAUUAUCGCAUACACGGGGCCUGCGCAGCCGACCGACGGGCCGGAUCCGGACUCGGGUUCAUCCAAGGCGUGGAUCGCGGGACCGGUCGUAGGUGGCAUUGUCGGUCUCUUACUCAUUCUCGGGGCGAUAUGGUUUUGGAUGCGGAGGCGGAAGGCGAACGGGAAGAGGGGCGCCGAGUCGAACGUUGAGACGGCGGAGCUGGAGGGUGCUUUUGGGGUCAAGGAUGUCAGCAAACUUGAUGUGAAUAAAUCGGAACUGCCGGUUCGUGAGCAUGCGACAGCCGAGCUGUCUGCGGAGGAGAGGGCGGAGUUGUCCGGGGAGGGGCCGAGGGAGAGGGGGAGGGGGGAGUUGUAUGAGCUUCCGCCGUAG